AUGGUGAGAGAGGAUGAAUGUGAGCUCCAUGGAGUCGUUGAGACCGGUGCCUUCGAGGCGGAUGAUCCACGGAGAAGUCGCAAGGGAGAAUUCAAACGCUUGGACGGUCUCAACACGCGUUUGGAGGAUCGCGAUCCAGCGUCUACUUUCGUGAAUCCAGCUAUGCGAGUGCACGUCGGAUUGCCAGGAGGCUACAAAGGAACGCUGACCAGCGACGAUGUGCUCAUUGUUCCUGAACUGCUUUGUGGUCAGGAGGACCUCUCCUUGUACCACAACAUGGUUGAGGAGAUCAGGCAUGCCCAAGCGGAAGGCAUGAAAGAUGCGCGCUGGGCCUCUUGGAAGGACGGCUGCCAUCUCAUCAACAAGGCCCCCGACUGCUCGGCCACCUAUCGCGACGCGGUCGCGAAGAUCAUUGCAUACUUCAGGAUCUCGGCGCCGUCCAUGUAUUCGCGCUUCAACUGGUAUGCAAGUGGUGCUGAUUGGAAGCCACUCCACCAUGACACUGCAGCCUUCAGCCAACGCCGCUUGGGGAAGCAGAACAUCACUGUUGGGGUUUCUCUUGGAGGCGAACGAGAGUUGGCCUUCCGCCAUGUCUCCCAUGGCACCUUGACCUACUUCCCUCAGCCCAAUGGCAUGGCCUUCUCUUUCGGCCAAAGGAUCAACAUCAACUGGAAGCACGGCAUCAACGCGUUGCCAGUCGAAAAACACAAUCAACUUGGCCGCAUCUCAAUUAUCAUUUGGGGUUGGUCAGAGCUAGUUGAAGAUGAUCCUGAAGCCGGAGAAGUGGCCAAGGCCGAGGCCUUCCAAAAGCCUUGCAAGCAGUUCCAGAAGGGCAAAUGUACGUACGGCGAACGCUGCAAAUUCACACAUUUUGAAGCUGAGUCGGCAGAGGCUCCACUGGCGAAUGGACAGCAAACAGCAACGGAUCCGUGUUGA